CCGCGUUCAGUCGAAAGAAGUAAUUAUAAAACACAGAGGGAAACUCACAAACCUCUCUCUUUUCUCUCUCUAUAUCGUCUGAAUCUCUCUCUCUCUAUCUCUCUCUACCUGGAGUCUGAGUUUUGUUGGCUGUUCUUCAACUGCAUGUUCCAUGGCGGCCAAAAAGCUCCUGAUUUUAUCGCUCUUCUUUGCCCUAGUCUGGGCCUGCGUUAGGGCUGACGUUUCGACCGGAGGAGAAACCGAGGUUGCUGGAGUCGUUGGAUCCGACGGCUCCGAUUCUUCCGCUCUCAAGAUCGAGUUGGACCAACUCAAGUCUAAGAUCCAUGCCCUUGAGUCCCAAGUUGAAGAGAAAACUAAAGCAUUGAAAGGGAAGGAAGGUAUAAUAGCGCAGAAGGAAAAAAUUAUUCAAGAAAAGUCGGACAGUAUCUCAUCCUUGCAUAGCGAGAUCGCGUCUCUACAGAAAAAAGGAUCGCUAGAUGUUGAGGAGCGGGUUGGAAAGGCUCAUGCACGUGCUGGUGAAUUAGAGAAACAGGUUGAAAAACUUAAACAGGAAUUGGAGGAACAAAAGAAGGAGAAAGAGGCCUUGGAAGCUCGAGCAAAUGAAGCGGAAAAGAAGAUCAAGGAAUUCGGUUCAACAAUUGAGAAUCUCCGGAAGAUUAAUGAUGAACAAAAGAUGAAGAUUCGUAAAACUGAACGUGCUCUUAAAGUGGCUGAGGAAGAAAUGGUGAAGGCGAAGUAUGAGGCUACUUCAAAAGCAAAAGAGUUGAUGGAGGUACAUGGUGCAUGGCUUCCACCUUGGCUUGCUGUCCAUUUGAUUCAGUGUCAGUCUCAUGCUGAAACUUGCUGGAAGCUGCAUGGAAAGCCAGCGCUGGAAACAGUGAUUCAGAAGGCCCUGGAGAAGAAAGCCCAAGCGGAAAAGUGGGCCGAACCUCAUGUGGAAACAAUUAAAACUAAAGUUAUCCCCUCAAUAAAGGAACAGUGGUUGGUGGUAAGAACAUCUGCUGAGCCCCAUCUAGAAUCCCUCAGAACAAAAACUGUUGAAGCGUAUCAGACUUCAAAAAGUGCGUUAGCUCCACAUGUUUCGAAAGUGCAAGAAAUCGUUGACCCCUAUUUUCAGGAAGCAAAAAAGUACAGCAAACCAUAUAUUGAUCAGGUUGCUACUGUAGCAAAACCUCAUGUUGAAAAAGUGCACGAGUCUUUGAAGCCGUACACAAAGAAAGCAGUUCGUGCUUAUGGAAAGUUUCUACUAUCUGCGACGACAUACCACGAACAGGUUCAAACAACUGUCAAAGAGACACUGAAAAAACACGAACUGACGAAUCCUCUUGCUACUAAAGAGUUGGUGUGGUUUGCGGCCUCAGCUUUAUUGGCACUACCCAUCAUCAUUCUGUUCAGAGUUUUCUCAUCCAUUUUCUGCAAAAAGGCUAAGAAACCUGUUCGAAAUACCCAUACCAACCAUGGACGUCGUAAAGCUAAGAGGGGACAUCCGGACAAGUAGACAAGCACGUGAUUGAUUCACUCCUUUUCUUGGUGAUCUGUGCUCACUAUUCAAAGGGUUUUUCUGAGGCUAGUAGUUUUCGUGCAAAUUAACUCUAAUGUUCUCUUCUAAGCCUCUGUUAACUUUUUCUCCCCCCAUUGUGAAGAAAAGUCGAUAAACGUUUGUCACACUACGCAAUUAGACAUCUGAGGUUUUUUUUGUUUUAAGUUCGUGUGUGAUGAGUAGUUUUCUUAGUUUGUUGUUAGAAUGUGUAAUUUUAUUUAUUUUUAUUCUUACAGAUAUAUACAGAACAAGUGGGGUUUGCGUUUUUAAUGAGUAAUUAUAUUUCUUA